AUGACGGCAACGAAGUCCUUCUGCUUGCCUCUUGAGGAAAGACCACUCAGGAACACAAUAUGUCUAUUUGAUUUGGAUGGUACAUUGUGCGCUCAGGAACAGCUUGUUUCUGAGGAGAUGCACGAGUUCCUUUAUCGACUCCGCCAAAAAUGUGCAAUUGGUUAUGUCAGUGGCGGCCCCCUUGUCAAGCAGCAGCGACAGGCCGGCAAAGCACAUCUACCCGUGACUGCUCUCUUCGAUUUCUCCUUCGCUGAGAACGGACUCACGGCUUUCAGAAUGGGGAUUCCUAUGCUAGGCGAAAGCUUUAUUGAAUAUAUUGGCGAGAUACAGUACAAGCAGCUCGUCACUUGGAUCCUGCGGUACAUUGCAGAUCUGGGAAUUCCAGUCAAACAUGGCACAUUCGUUGAGCUUCGGAAUGGCAACGUGAAUAUUUGUCUCAUCGGCCAAGGAUCAAGCAACACUGAGAUGGAAAAGUUUGAAAGGUAUGACAAGAAACACCGAAUCCGGAAGACCAUGAUUACAGCGAUUGAGAGGGAGUUCUCGUACUUGAAUCUUAAAUGCGCAAUUGGUGGUAAAGCUUGUUUCGAUGUGUUUCCCAAGGGAUGGGACAAAACAUAUUGUUUGAGGCACAUAGAGGCCGAGAAACACAGAAGUGGUAUUACCUACAACAAAAUUCUUUUUUUCGGGGAUUGUACCUAUGAAGGGGGCAACGACGCUGAGAUUUGUGAGGACUCAAGGACGAUCGGGCAUACUGUAAUGGGCCCUAACGAUACUAUGAGACUGGUGAAAGAAUAUUUUGACAUGUAG